UAUACCACAAUAAUAGAGAAUACCGCAAUAGGGCGCUUGCUACACACACAUGCAAGACAUCCGUUGGGCACACACAGUUUGUUUACCUUCGCAGUUUCGUUGCGGCAAAAGCGGAGUGAAGAUAAAAUAUUUUAUUUUUGCUUGAAAUAGUUAUAUCAUCUUCAAAAAACAAUCAUGCCCAGGACGUGUGCAAUUUUCGGAUGCAGCAAACGUGGAGAUCGUGAUGGAGAAAAGUGGUUCCGAUUUCCGCUGGUUGAUAAACGUACCGAGCAAAGAGAAGAGUUGUCCAAAACGCGGCAAGUUGCAUGGUUAAAUGCCAUUAAAAGAGUUGACCUGGUUCCGGAAAAAUGGGCGUCAACGGUUGUGUGUUCGCAGCACUUCAUUUCAGGGCGCAGUGCUGAUCUUUUGGAUGAAAUGAAUCCUGAUUGGGUGCCGAACCAGAAUUUGGGUUACGCAAAUCGAAUCACUCCAGCUGCUGUUGAUAAAUUUGAACGCGCUGCUAGACGAAACGAGAAUAAGGAAGCCCGAGAAGUGCAGGAAUCGAUCCUGGCGGUAGAAGAUUUUUCUACGCAUCCGGUACCGAUCGAUAGGGUUGCGGAGCUCGAAGACGAAAUAAAGAGCUUGCGACGAGAAAUGCAGCUAAUGAGAGAUAAACAUCAACCAUUUCUUUGCAACAGUUUUGAAGACUUCGGACAAAAUGACGAUAAGUGUAGAUAUUUUACUGCACUCAACUACAAGGUCUUCAAAUCUCUUUAUAAGUUCUUAGAGCCUCAUUUGCCUCAGCCUGCCACCUCUUUCGGAACUACCAAAUUUCAAAUACUGCUUUUCACAUUAUCUAAGCUCAGGCUGGAUAUAGAUUUGACUUUGAUUGCAUACAUGAGUGGAGUUCACCUUAGCACGAUAUCAAGGUAUUAUCACAAGUGUAUAUACGUAAUGUUUCAAAGAUUAAAAGGACUCGUUAGUUGGCCUUCUCGAGAAGCAGUUCAAAAUUCGAUGCCACAGUGUUUUCGUCGACGUUUCGGUGAUAAAGUUUCUGUGGUCAUCGAUUGUUUUGAAAUACUUACUGAAAAGCCUAGUGAAGUGCUACAAGCAGCACAAAUGUGGUCGAACUACAAACAUUCACACACAGUUAAGUAUUUGAUUGGAAUCGCCCCCAACGGUAUGAUUAUAUUUAUUUCCAAUGCGUUUGGUGGUCGUGCAAGCGAUAAGUUUAUUACAGAAAAAUCAGCCCUUUUGAGCAAAAUGCAGAAAGGGGAUUAUAUAAUGGCUGAUAGGGGGUUCUUGAUCAAGAACUAUGUAGAAAAUACAGGAGUUGAACUACUUUUACCUGCUUUCACUGUUGGUCAGGACCAACUGCAUCCGCUUGAUAUUGAAAAAACACGAAAACUAGCAAAUGUUAGAAUACAUGUUGAACGCGUUAUUGUCCAAUUACGAAAUAAGUACAAAAUUUUGUAUAAAAAUAAAUUUCCAAUCAGUACCCUGAAAAGAACUAAAAAUUAUUGUGAAACACCUUUAAUGGAUCAAAUUGUUACAGUAUGUUGUAGUUUAGUAAACCUUUGUCCUUCUGUAGUUCCGGAAGAUUGAUUUUUAUGUGCAGGUUAUUUCGUUCUAUUGUAAUGUAAGUAAAAAAUAAUACCGAUACCAUUACAUUGUUUUAUUAAAAAAUCCAGUUCUGCUUACAUUUAAUCUUUCCUUCCCCCCGUAUAAUACUGGCCUACAAGUUCAGGCAUAAUAACCAUUUUAAAAAAAUCUUCAGCUUUCAAAAGUUCCUUCUUCAAAAAUGUGUCGUCUCGGUACACUCGUAAUACUAAAAAAUCCUUGCUGGUCCAAACUACAAAGUCACAAAAGUUGGCACGGAGGACGUGCAUUUGCAUUUGAACUUGGUAGAAAUAUUGAUGAUUGGGGUCCAUUUUGUAUCCUUCGUCCGUUGUGGUAAUAGGACUACCUUUCUUAGUCGCAUAUUGUUUUAUCGUAGUUCCAUCGCGCAGGCAGUAAGGGCACUUAAUUUCUACUGCACCUUUACCGCAACAAUCACACUCAAUGAUUGCGUCUGGAGACGCUCCGAAAAAUGGUUUUUCUCUGUCCAAAUACAAACCACUUCUUUCUUGUCGAAAAUUUGGAUGCGCAACCAUUGUUUUCGAUACAUACGCCUUCAAUGCGUCAUUUUCGUGGUUGCAACCGUAUCUUGUAGCCUUUGUAGAGAACUUGCAGUCUUCCGGGUAGCAGAUUUUUCUUAUUAGCGAUAAUGAAGGGUUAUCGGACGGCGUUCUAGUAGCUGCUUUGAAAGCCGAUGCAGUGAUCCUUCCGGCACGAAAUUUCUCCCAGUACCAACUUGAGCUUUGGGAAAUGGUCAGCUCAGCUUUUUUUUCGACCAGAGAUUCAGGGUACUCACUCUAGGUAAGUCACUCAGUUUCAGAGCGCUUAUUUUCCGAAGUUCAACUAGUGGCUUUCCCACCAAUUCAGGAUUGAACAGUUGGCAAAAUAAGUGCUGCAAUAAACUCGGAUCGGGAUCGAUGUUACUGAAGUUCGGCUUUGAGUCAAUGAUUGCCUGUUUUUUGGAAUUUUCAAGAAAUUGGCCAAC